GAGGGUUGCUUAUCUUGAUGGGGCUUGAAAAGCCCGGUGGGGACCGGGGGCAGAAGAAGGCAGAGGCCUUGAGCGUGUCUUGUCUCAGGAACUAAAAACAGCAACACUUUUGGAUUUAGUACACAAUGAACUGUACUUCGGGUUUCUGGGAGGCCAGGGAUGUAUGGCCCACACAGGUGCUGGACCUGGGCAUCCUGUGAUGAUCCUUUCUAAGAGAGCUCUCCAAGAGAUUGCCCCACCAGAGAAGAGAAGCAAUGAGCGAGCUGUGAGUUUCAGACUGCUGCGUGUGGACCUCUAGGAAGACGUCUGGCAAGAGCUGGGUUCACUCGCUGAUACAAAUCUUGCUGGGUCACCUGGGAGGCUUCUCUGGGACAGGAUGAUGUCUGACAACAGCACUACCCUGCUGUGGGUCAAAAUUCCCUACAUCGCCAUGGAGGUUUUCAUUGGGCUCUGUGCCAUAGUGGGCAAUAUGCUGGUCAUCUGGGUGGUCAAGCUGAACCCCAGUCUGAGGACCACCACCUUCUUUUUCAUUGUCUCCCUAGCCCUGGCUGACAUUGCAGUUGGGGUGCUGGUCAUACCUUUUGCCAUUGUCAUCAGCCUGGACAUCCCAAUGUACUUCUACAGCUGUCUUUUCAUGUCCUGCAUGCUGCUGAUCUUCACCCAUGCCUCUAUCAUGUCCUUGCUGGCCAUCGCUGUGGACCGAUACCUGCGGGUCAAGCUCACGGUCAGAUCCAGAAUUCCUGAGGUCCUUGGGUUCUUCCUCUUGUUCCAGUUGAGUCCAGUCAUGGGGCUCUUCAUUCUGCUGUCCUUGGCUCUUCUUUCAGAUGCCAUGGUCAUGGACAAAAAGGUGAAGGAAAGUUUUGUGCUGGGCACAGCUUCUGCCAUCUGCAACUAUGAUGCCUACUAUAAGGACCACACCAAAUAUUGGUGCCGAGGCUACUUCCGGGAUUACUGCCACAUCAUUGCUUUGACUCCCAACAGCACAGACCGUGUGGCCCUGAAGGACACAGGAAGUCAAUUCAUCAUCACUGUGUCCUGCCUGACCAAGGCAGACACAGGCUGGUACUGGUGUGGCAUCCAGCGAGACUUUGCCAGGGACGACAUGGAUUUUACAGAGCUGAUUGUGACUGACAACAGAGGAGGCCAGGCCAAUGAGUUUUGGUCUGGAAAAGACUUGCCAGGCCACAAGAACAGAAGUUGCAGGGCUUCCAGAGUCAUCCACAAAGCCGACCGCUCCAGGAUGUCCAUUCUUAUCAUUUGCAUACUGCUUACCAGUUUGGGGAUCAUCUCUAUAAUUAGCCAUUUGUCCAAGAGAAGGAGAAGUCAAAGGAAUAGAAGGGUAGGCAACCCUCAGAAGCUCCUCCUAUAUGUCCUGACUCCAAAGGAAAUGGCUCAUACUGAACAGAUGUGACUGAAGAUUUCGUUUAUUUAGUUCAUAAAUGAGAACUAGUAUCACCAUGACAACUGUCCCACAUCUUGGGGACUGAUUCUGAUCUCUCAGAAGGACCCUCUAAACUCGCCAGCAAAUCAUUUGCAAUGGGUUAACAAUGGUGACAGAAAAGCUGUGGUAAAACACACUGAGCAAAGCUGCAAUCGAAUAACAUCUCCAGAUCUUAGUUCUCAUGCAUCUGGGUCAGGGGGUCAGAAAACCACUUUUAUUUGUUAUCCAAUAAAUUUCUGAUCAAUGUUUAAUGAACUCCAGGGUAUGACUAACUCUCCCAGGAUAUUACUGGAAAAAUCAUUUCUUGAAAAGUUCCUUAAAAAGUACAAUAUUGGGGCUGGGGAUAUAGCUCAGUUGGUAGAGUGCUUGCCUCGCAUGCACAAGGCCCUGGGUUCAAUCCCCAGUGCAC